AUGCGCCGAGUCGGUUGUCUCCGACUGUUCGUCGUUGCCCUCUUGUUGGCCUGGUGGGCCACUCAGCACUUUCGGGCAACGCAGCACGGCAAGGUCCAACUUGCAAGUGAGCCGAACCUGUUCAAGACCAAGGGUGGCGCCCUCUCUGCCUUCAGAUUCUUUGCUAGCUUCAGUUCCGACAGCGUCCUACUUUCUCGAAUUCGAGGCUCUGGCUUUCCAUCCCCGGCGCCAAGCAGCUUCCAACAGCCAUAUCAUGUCCAGUUCAAGGCCGCCCGUUGUUGCCUAGAGACCUUUCAACUGGUUGCUGUCCCUUCUUCGAACAAUAUCAUGUUGAUGGAAUUGCCAGGCUCGGACGUCCUCCGUCAUGGCCUACUUCCAGGAGCCUUCUUUCUAGGCAGCUACUCUGCUGGUCAUCACCGCACAGCUUGUGAUAGCCCAGGGCCGGUAUACACUUGCUUGGUGAUGAUCGCAUGGUCAGUUUCCCCCAGAUGCAAAUCUUCCGUCCUUUCCUCUCCUCUGUUUGUCGUCAAGGCCCGCAUUCUGACCACCACCGCAACACAGAACCGCAGAUUCUCGUCCAUGGGCGAAACCUACAGCUGUUCCCGUUACAGUCCCGCCCCUGUUAACCGGGGGCGCGGCACCUCCUUCGACACCACCUACAGAAGUCAUGUGCCUAGCACCGUCUUCGCACACACUUCAACCUUUGGCCGAGAGUCAGCAUGACAAACAACCACCUUGAUCGGUCCUUGAGCGCCUCGCAGUCAUGUCCAUGCCACCUGCAUUCAACAUCAAUACCUACCUCUAUCAUCAAUACCUAACAACAUCAACAACAUCAUCGAUAACACCAUCC